AGUAGACAGGGCUUUUAUUUGUUUUGCACAAAUAUAUUAUUUCUAAAUCCUAAAAUAGGUACAAUGAAACCGUAAAGUGGUAAAUACCAACAAUGUGAUAUUUUAAAAUGUAGCAAUACCCCCAAUGUGACUUGCAUAAGCGAAUUUUUGGAGAAAAAAGGUGUUCCGAUUGUUUUUGUGUGAUCUGUUACAUUCAAAAUGUAUAUAAAUCAGCGUCAAUACAAUUUUUAUAUUUUUCCGAAUCUCCUUCAAUUAUAUAGUUUUUUCGUUCUCCUGUAAAAUUUGUAAUUAUUCACAUUAGAGGUAUUGCACGCCCGGCGACGAUAUACUAAAUAUUACACCCGAUGAGGUGGUAUAUACGCUCGCCAGUUGUUUGCUUUAGUAUAUUCGGAUAUAAUGAAAUCUUUUUUAUAGUAAUUAAAUUCAACUUCAACCCGGUUCCGACCUCUUUUCUCCACUUUAUUAAUUCCUUCAAUGCCACUAUCAAAAAGUUUUUUACCAAUUACUAAAUCUUUCAUAUAUCCUAUAUUGUUAUCGAUUGAUUCUAGAUAAAUAGAGUAUGGAGGUAAAUUUGUACUUUUAUACCUAUUUCCAUUAUCUAAGUUAGUAUCUUCUACCAGAUUAUUUGACUUUUGUGAAUUAUUCUGGGAAUUAAGCAUGUAUCAAUCCCCUUGUGACGUUUCCAUUGUAAGCUGGUUACCCGGCUCUUAUUAUCUUGUAUCCCUUAUGUGAGGUUUAACCCUUUCAAGACGGUUGUCGUAUAUACCCGUCACCAACUUUUUUGGCAGACGGACGGCUGUCGUAUAUAGCCGACAGCAGCUCAUUUCCCUUCUGUACGCUUGUCGUUUCAGAUAUGGCAUACAUAAAUUUUUAAUUUGGCCCACCGACGGCCGUCGUACCGUUCCGACAGUUUGUGUUUGUCACACAGACGGAUGUCGUGGAUAUCCGACAUUGUCGUACAUACGCGGCAACAUGGCAAGGUCAGGUGAUACCCUGAUAGACCACGUGCGUUUAGUACCAGUCUGUUUUAGAACAUGUUUUAGAAUGUCAUCUAAAAAUCACGCGGGUCCGUCGGGUUGUAAUACUUAUUGUGGACUGUCUGGGAAGGAAGUGAAAAAUAUUAUGAAUGCUCUGAACGAUAGUGAUAUAUAUUUGAGUGAGGACGAACCAUUUAUCGACAGUGGCAGCGAAUAUAUCCCUGACUCUGACAGUGAAUUGAGCUCCGGAGAAGACGACGAAACCUUGUUGGAAGACGAAAAUACCGAAGAACAAGAACAUUUAGUAGCUUCGGAUAUCUCUGAUCAAAAUAUACGUGAGGAGGAAUUUCAGCUAAAAUGGGAUUCACGUGAGUUUGUUCCUAAAGUUCACCAGUUUGACGUCACUAAUAGUGGACUACAGAAUAAAAACCUAAAAAAUGAAAACAAGGAAAUAGAGUAUUUCUUGAACCUAUUCUCGGAAGAAGUAGUCAACACUAUUGUUGCAGAAACCAAUAUUUUCGCUCAACAACAAAAUGCUAAAGAUUGGAAAAACGUUGAUAAACAAGAGUUUUACAAUUUCAUAGCCCUCACAUUGUUGAUGCCCCACGUUAAAAAGUCCGAUGUAAAGGACUACUGGUCUACAGAUAAUUUAAUUGGCACGCCCUUUUUCCGCCAAACAAUGUCUCGAGAUCGCUAUUUACAAAUACUAAGGCACUUACAUUUUAGUAAUAAUCAAAAUGCACGUUUGAAAAUGUCGUCAUUGAUGAAAGUAUGAUUCUUUUCAAAGGGAGGCUGUCCUUCAAACAGUAUAUAAAA